GUUUUACUCAAAUGGAUCCAAUAUAUACUUUCUUUCACUCAAUCUAAACCCUAAAUUCAUUUCAUUCACAUCCGCCCCCAUCCUUCUUCUUCUUCUCUCUCUCUCUCUCACUAGACGCGGUGUCUGCAUGCGACGGAUUUCACCGGCGAUUUCACCAUCCUUCUUCUCAGGGUUUCUUUCUCCGGUGGAAAAAAGAUCCAGAUGAAGAUGGAGCGGUGGAGAUACCGUCGACUUAGAUCUACCUUACCACCGUCGAGCCAGAUCUGAGUUCUUAGAGGAAUAUUGACAGCCCGGAUCUGAUGCUACAGGUAGCUAGCUGAGUAUCAUGCACGUGCUGUUGUUUCUGUGAAUUCUCAAAAACGCCCUUCGUUAAGAGCGCGAAAGCAGAAAUUGCUUAGUUUGUUUGAAUUUGCUGAUAAUUGAAACCUUUGCUGAUAUUCAACCACAAGCACCGACUCAAUCUGUUCAACUGGCAGUUUCAGCACCAACUAAAUAUGAACCAGAGGCUUCCAGCAUCAUUUCAUCAGCAGAGAGCUAUGCUAGAGGCUUCAUCAAGAUCUUUAGAUUCCACAGCUCAGACAGGAAAUUCAAACGGUGGAGAUUGUCAAGAAGAGGUGUAUCAAAAGGUGAAAGCUAUGAAGGAUCAGUAUUUUCAAGGGCUGGCUGAUCUGUACCCGAAAAUUUUAGGCAAAUUGCAGCAGGUUGUCCUACUUUUGAAUGGAAGUCUCUAUCUAAAUCUUGUUAGUAUCGAGUCACAAUGGUUGGAUCCUUUCAAAAAAGCUGAGGUUUGCCUUCGUAUCAAGUCGGAGCAAAGUCAAAAGUCAGGUUGAAAAGAGGUGAACAGUGGUGAAAAGAGGGAAUAGUGGUCAACAGUGAUCAGAAGGGUGAAAAGAGGUGAAAGUGGUGAAAAGAGGGAACAGUGGCCAGAAGCAUGCUUCCUGUACAACAUCUACUUUUGUCAACUGUACAGCUGGGUUGAAAAGUAGAUGUCAAAAGUACAGCAUCUACUUUUGACAUUAUAUAUAGUCAGGUUGAAAAGUAGAUGUCAAAAGUACAACAUCUACUUUUGACAUUAUUUGUGUAUUUUGUUUAAUUUGUUUGAAGGUUCAAAUUCCGAUUGUGAUUCUUGUUUGAACGGUUUUGAUUGGAUCAGUCGGUUGUUUACCAGAAGCAAAUGAUUGGUUUCUACUUCUGAUGUGGUAUAUGUAUGCUGUUAAAUUUGGAUUUGGUAUGAGUUGCAAGGUAUUGUUUCAAUCCUAUGUGUAUUGGAUGGUAUAUGAUAGUGUUGUUAUGCCGUUUGAAAAUUUGAAUAAGAUAAAACUCUAAAAGAUGUAAGGUUCUUUAGGUGAAAUGUGGAGUGUGACACUGGAUUGUAUGGUGCCUUAGCUUACCUUAGGGUUUAUUAGUGUGGUUUAUUACUUAUUUCAUAAAUAGAAGUUUGAAUAUCUUACUUAAAUGGUUUGGUUUAUAUGUGAGGAGAUGCUAGGUUUGUGGUCAAUUUCAUGAAGUAACUUGACUAAUGAUUGUGAUUGUUUCAUGGAUGUUAAGAUGUCUAACUUUGAAGCUUAUAUGGUUAUGAUAGAUUUGGGUGAAAGACAUAUGGGGAAGAUGUAUGCCAUGCAUCAGAAGUUAGAGCCGAAUGUAUGGGCCAAUGCAGACUUGCAGCUUUUGAAUCCUCAUGAAAGAGAAAGACAACUAAUCAAAUAGAAGAAACACAGAUGCCAGGACAUGAAGAAGAUGUAUGGCAUGGCAAUACUUAUUAUUUAAAACCUUUUAUUUUUUUAAUUUAUUUAUUAAUACUAAAGAUGUUAUUUUGGUGGAAA